GGUGCAUUUUUUGCUCAAAAAAUUCAAGAAAUUUUGAUUGAAAAAAAAUAAUUGUGAUACAGAAAAUAUCAAUACAAUAAUAAUAACAAUGAUGAAACCACCAAUAAAAAAUCAAUCAUUCGGUAAUUUAAGCCGUGAUAGUGGCAUGAUCGAAAUGGAAAAUCGUUCUACAAAUGGUCAUUCGAGAUCAGCAUCGAAUGCAACAUCAUGUUAUUCCGAUGAUACUGGCUUUAAUGAUCAAAUUUAUCUGGACACAACACAGCCCAGAAGAAUUGGUGAAAAUUGUCGUAUCAAUACAAAAUCGUGGAUCAUAUUGAUAUCAUUCAUAUUAUCAUUGUUAGCAUGUCUGUGUUAUGCUUAUCUACCAAUAUUGGUUGUCAAAAUAUUACAAUCAUUCAUUAAUAUCCAACCCAAUGGCGAAUUCUAUAAUUUUUGGCAACAAUCAACCGAACCAACUGAAGUUGGUAUCCAUUUUUUUCAUGUUGAAAAUCCAUGGGCCGUGGAAAAUGGUUUAGAAAAAUUAAAACUUAAAGAAACUGGUCGAUAUUAUUUUAAACAACGUUUUAUUCGCGAAGUUCAUGAUUUUAAUGAAGACAAUUCGAUUGUAAAUUUUACCGAACGAAGAUAUUUUUAUUUUGAUGAAGAGAAAACGAAAUUAUCACUGGAUGCCAAUAUAACUGUUGUUAAUGUGCCAUUUGCUGCUAUGAGCACGCUUGUACCGAAUUUUGUGGAAAAUUCAUUCGGUUUAAAUCUUUUUUCGCAUUUUUCCUAUCGUGGCAUAAAUGAUUUUUUCACAUCCCAUAAUCAAACAUUAUUUAUUAAUACCACAAUUCGGGAAUUAUUAUAUGGUUAUCAUUUAAAUAUACUUGACACUGCCGAAUCAUAUAAUAAUAUGUUUAAUAAAUUUGGUUUCGAUAUUAUGCCUACCAAAUUUUUCCCCAAUAAUUCAUUUGGCAUCAUGAAUGGGCGUAAUGGGACGCCGGAUGGACCAUAUGAAAUGUAUACAGGUUUUGCCGGUACGCAACAAAAAUUUGGCCAUAUCAAAACAUGGAAUAAUAAAACAAAACUGAAUAUGUGGAAAAAAGAUUCCUGUAAUGCUAUCAAUGGUACGGAUGGUACUAUUUUCCCGGCCGGUGUUUCGACUACUGAUCGUCUGGAUUUUUUUAUUCCCGAUAUUUGCAGAUCGUUGUUCAUUACAUUUCAGGAAAAAUCCUCAUAUAAAGGAAUCGAAACAUAUUUAUUCUCCGCGCCGGAUAGCGUACUAGCCGGUCGUCAUACUAAUCCUGAUAAUGAAUGUUUUUGUAUUGAAGAAGAUGAAGUAUUAGCUGAACGACGAUGUGUUGAUGGAAUAUUUGAUCUAGCAGGUUGUCAAGAAGGUAUCCCAUUAAUAAUAUCAUUGCCACAUUUUUUGGGUGCUGAUCCUCGUGUUACUGCCGAAAUCGAAGGUCUUAAACCUGAUCCACAAAAGCAUCGACCUGAAUUACAUAUUGAACCGACAAUGGGAUUAGUUAUUCAUGGUGAUAGUCGACUACAAAUGUCAAUAAGAGUUGUUCCAAAUGAAAAUAUGAAUGGUUUUAAUAAAUUACGCGAUGAACUUUACAUACCAAUUUUUUGGGGCUAUAAAAAAUUAGGAAUGUCUGAUGAAACAGCCCGAAGUCUCAAGCUUCGAUUAUUUACUCCAGUCAAAAUAGUCAAAUUUAUUUUAAUCUCAUUAAUUGUUGGCGGUUUGUUAUUAUCCAUUUAUGGUUUUUUCCGUUGGAUUAUAUUCAGCAAAAAGAGUACCUAUUUCAAUGAAUAUGAUACUGAAAAAGCUGCGAAAAAAUUGGAUGAAAAAAUGUAUUUAAAUAGUGAAACAAUGAAAAUGAUACCACGUAUUGAAAGUGCAACAAGUGAUUUUGUUGAUAGCAAAAGUAGUAGUAAUUCUUUAAUUGAUCAUUCACGACAAUCAUCGGCAUUAGAAUUGAAGAGUUUGGUCAACUGUGUGGAGACCGAUAUAUGAAUGAAUGGCCAUUGAAAAAGAACUGAAAUCAAAAAAAUGAAAAAUCCAUAUCGAUCAACAACAAAAACAUUGUUGAACAGUGUCUGGAAAUCCAUGUUAUU